AUGAAUAGAUAGCAUUCUAUUCAAAAGACCCAUUUAAUUCAAACUUCAAAGGUUAUACAUUAAGUUGUGAUGAAUGUGAUGAAGGUCUUUUCAAAUAUGAGUUUAAUUAGACCUACAUUCAUUAUUCUGAUUCUAACUUCAAAUAUAACACAACAGUAAAAGUAUGUGUACCAGAUUGCAGUGUUAUAAGUCGUUAAUUGGUAAACAAUCCAUAUUCAGGAAAGUGUGAAUUUCUAGGUUUUCAUUGCAAAUACGGAGAUUUUUUAAAUGGUUGUCGGGAAUGCAGUUUUUAGAAUAACUAAUGCAGGUAUCAUCUCAAUGUUCAAUAAUACUGCAGUCACUCCCUCAUCUUACAUAUAAGGCAGUGCUUUCUAAUUCUGUGCAUCAUGCUCUGAUUAAUCAUUGUAAUCAGUGAAUACAGAUUAGUCUUUCUUUUAGUAAUGUGGCUAUAAUAAACAAGGCGCAAUGUGCUAAGCCUCGAAUAGUCUUUCUAUUCAUAAUAAAUGUUUUAAAUGCAAAGAUACUUACAUUGCCUCAAAAAUGGGUAUGGGUUAUGAAUGCGAAGCAUGCUGGAGUUACUACAAUCUUAACUCCUCUAGUUAAACUUUAGAAGAAGAUAUCUAUUCAAAUAGUUAUACAUGUAAUUAAUCAUUUUUAAAAAAAAUGAAAUUUAGGUUAUUCAGAUCAAACUUGCCAAGCUCGGUUUGCUAGUAAGGAUAUAGUCUGAGCGGCGGAACUUGUGUUUUAAACUGCCCUAUUGGUCAGUUCUCACUUUUAGAAUCUGAUCUAAAUUAUUAACUUAAGACUGCAACUUGCUCAUAAUGUAGCACUAACUGCUUAAGUUGUUUGAGUAGUGAAUCAACUUAAUGCACAAAGUGUACUGGUGGCUAUUAUCUUGGAAUUGUUAACGUAAUUUAACAAUCAGGUGAAUGUUUAGUUAAGUAAGAAUCAACUGAAUCAAUUACUCUUUAUUUAACCUCAACAAGAGAUACCUCAGAAGAACUAGUUAUUACCACUUCAUCAACUAAAACCACUUUCGAUAAUUUGCCUGAAGCUAUCAAUAGAGCAUACGAAAUUGCUGCCCCUUACAAAGGAAUGACUAUUACCAUUUAACUAGCUGAUGCUAGCUAUGGUAUAUUCAGAAAAGAUCUGAAGAAAGUAUUUUACAAUGCAUUUGCUAAAGACUACGUUGACCCAUAAUUUACCCUCAAAAUUGUUUCAACUCGUGCAGAUAAAUCAAUUAUAUAUAACAAAGUGGGAGGGUCAUUUCAAAUACUUGUCCCAGAAGCCCUAGAAUUCAAUAAUAUCAUAGUUAAUGGACUAGACUCAAUCUUUCCAUGUAUUCAGAAAUAAUAAUAAAUUUAAAAAUAUAGUAUAAACUUCUGUGGAGAUACCAUGCUUAGAAAGUCUAGAACCAUAUGCCCAUUAAGAAUAUCUAACGGUCUCUUCGUAAUGAGAGCUCACAUUAAUUCACUAUCUUAAUCCUCAAAGAUUACAAUAAGUUUAGGAUCACUAAUUAAAACUCCAUCUAACAAACCCUAUCACAUUGAGAUAACAGGAACAACUUUUUCAUCAUUUCAAACUUGUGGAGCUAUAAUCUCUAAUACUUUCUAUGAUGAAAUCGAUAUUGUUAUAAAUUCAACAGUGGCCAAAUAUUAUCCGACAAUUAAUACUUACGCAUAGCAGAAAAUAAUAUGGACAAAUGAAGCUAGAAAUGUAUAUGACAAGGAUUAUAAUACUUUUGAUCCAACUGAUAGUGCUUUUAAUUCUAUAAUAAUAAUGGCUAACAAUGACUUUAAAUAUAUGAAUACACUGAAAAAUAAUUAUUAAGAUAUAUACCUUACACUGAAGCAUACAAGAUACGUAGGAACUAUCAUUUCAUUAAAUUAAUACAAGGGAAGGUUGUAUUUGCAAAAUAAUAAAUUUCAGAAUUUGAAGGAACGGUUGGUUACCUGCAAUUCUAAUUGGACUUUACUUUACCCAGAAACAAAGUAUGAUUAUGUUGCGCUAGAUACAGAAGAUGACAGUGAUUAAAAUACAAAGUUUCCAAAAUACAGAUAUUUACAGCUUAAAAAUUUGGUUUCUUUGACAGAUUACAAAGGAAAAUUGAUAGUAAUUAAAGAUAAUACAUUUAGCAACACUUUUCAUUCUGGACCUGCAAUUAGAAUAUAAGGUUACUAAGAUUAAAUAGACUUUUAGAUUUUAAUCAGAGGUAAUACUUUCACAAAUAUGAUUGGGGUAGUAAGAACCUCAGUUAUCCAUAUUGAAAAGCAUUAGCUUAUGGAUACUGAUAUAAAAGCAGAAAAAGCAUUGAAAUGUUCUGGUGGAAUUGAAAUAAGUGAAAAUAAAUUUAAAUCUAUAACAGGGUGUGAGAUGGUUGACUCGACCUUGAUAUUGUUGGCUUGCAGGAAUCUAUAUUAUGAUGUAUAUCCAAACGUUGACUCUACAAAUUAUAAAACUUACACCGUCCUUUAUGAUUAAUUUGGAACAAAUAUGGAAUCUUUUCCUACUAAUUUAUAAAACAUUUAAGAAGAUCUUAGAAUACUUGCACAAUAAUCAACAGCCUUAAAGACUAUAUAGUAUUAUGAUGAAGCCACCAAGUAAUUAAGUAUAGAUUACUAAAUCAAUAUAUACAAAAUAGUAUUGAACUUAAAUAACUAUCAGGAAUGCACAAAAGGUGUAACUUAUCUUGACAAUUAAGGUUAAAACUAAUAUUGGUACAAUGGAAACCUAAUAAACUUAUUAGGAAUAACGGAUGUUCUGAUUGAAUAAGAAUAUUUUUUGAAUAUAGGUGAUCAUACACAAGAAAAUUUAGAUUUAAUAGCAGAUUAGGCUGGUAUUCGAAGACUUUCAACAUCCAAAAUUCUGCUAGUAUCAAAUACCGCUAACAAUUACUUUUUCUCUUGA